GCUAAGGGUGUGUUGAAUGAAAAGUGUUGUUCGAAAAAAAAAACAAAACAAAUUAAAGGGUCAACCCAGUACACUCCUCAAAACAUUAAACCCUGUUUUCCAAGAAUAGUUUGGGGGGUUUUGCGAGCUUGAAGAAAGCCUCCAAUCUGAAGCCAAGAGCUUCGCAAUCAAAACGAAUUAUGUCAUCAAUCAUAUUUCGAAGGUCAUACAGAACAUCAUCUUCCAUAUUGUCUCGUUACCAAUCUUUUUCCACGCUUUUCCAAUCUUCAUCCGAUCUCCAAUCCACCAAUAAACAACAGAAUCACGUUUCUGGGUUGGAAUCUUUAUCGAAGAAUGCAUCUGGGUUUGGUUCAGUUUUGAAUAAAAGAUUGAAUUUUUCAUGUGGGUCUUGCUUGAUCAAUACGCUGCCAUUUAGUAGUCAAGCAGCCGUAGCGACCUCUGAUGGGCUUACUGUAGAUGACAUUGUUGCUAAUCAAUGGGCGAUUCUUGAUGAGAGUGAGAGUGAUUGGAAGAGCCAUGCUUCUGCAGUUGCUCAAUCGAUUCGUUUGAUCAAGAAACGAUUGCAGUGGACACAGUUAAAAGUAAGAUUGGAGAUGCUAUCAUUUCAAAUGGAAAAGCCAGACCUUUGGGAUGAUCCUGUUCAUGCAGGGAGAAUAAGCCGUGAGCACGGUUCACUCAUGGGCAAAAUGAAGGAAGUUAACGGUCUUGAGCAAGAAUUAAUCGACCAUAUUGACAUGAUCAAGCUUGCUCAUGAAGAGAACGAUCCUGAUUUAGAAUCGGAAUCCGUAAAAGCAUUAUUAAGGAUGAGACAAAGCGUGAAAGAGAAGGAACUUGAAGCUUUGCUAGCCGGGGAGCAUGAUUCUUGCUCUUGUUACAUAGAGGUGCAAGCAGGGGCGGGUGGCACUGAGAGCAUGGACUGGGCAGGUAUGGUGAUGCAAAUGUAUAAAAUGUGGGCUCAACGCCAUGGAUAUGGAGUCACGGUUGUGGAUGAAAUGCGUGGUGAGAUUGCAGGAAUUAAGAGGGCAACACUUAAAGUAGACGGUGAAUAUGCAUACGGAUAUGCAAAAGCAGAAGUAGGGGCCCACCGCCUGGUUCGUAUAUCACCUUUUGAUAGUGCCAAGCGCCGCCACACUUCGUUUGCCGCCGUUGCCGUAACACCCAUUUUAGGUGAUGCGUCUCACCAUGUUCAAAUCAAUGAAGCGGAUCUGAGAAUUGAAAGAUACCGUUCAGGAGGAGCCGGUGGUCAGCAUGCUAAUGUUACAGAUAGUGCUGUAAGGAUAACUCACAUACCUACUGGAAUCACCGCUUCAUGCCAAAAUGAAAGGUCGCAACACCAGAACAAGGCAUCUGCAAUGGCAGUACUACAAUCACGGUUGGAUCAACAGGAGAUGGCUCGCCAGGCUCAGAUGAAUGCACAAUAUACACAGAGUCUAACAGACAAUAGUUGGGGCAAUCAAAUACGGUCGUAUGUACUUCAUCCUUAUCGAAUGGUAAAGGAUUUACGGACCAAUUAUGAGGUUUCGGACCCUGAUUCAGUACUUGAAGGUGAAAUCGAUGACUUCAUAUUGAGCUUUCUUACCGACUCCAUGGAUAAAGAAAAUGACGAGGCAUAAGAAACAUGUUCAACUUUAGUAGGUUUGCGGGUGUCAAAUUCUUAUCUGUUAGCUUAACUGCAGUCGCGGGUCGUUGACCAAGUGAUCUUUUGAAGCAGUAUCACGUUCAGUUGCUACUCAUUGACACACUUAGAAAUUGGGUUGACCUUUGGGUAUUAAAUAUUUUUUAUUAGUUGUAUAAGAUUCUAGAAUAAUGUCAAAUUAUCUCAAAUGAUAUUUCACAGAAUCAUGUGGAUGGUGUGUAUUUAUUAGAAAUAGUUCUUUCAUGUUAUGGAAAAUUCUUUUGUAAUUUUUACUUUUUUAGGCAGACUUGGAUGAUUUUAUAACAUAUUUUUAGCGAUUA